UUCGUGUUUCUUGAUGAAAACCGGCGCGUCCACCAUCAUCCUCUUCUGCUGGCAUCGCUUGCGGUGCACACACAUCAUCGGUUAUUCAUCCGAAUAAAUCCACUGAUAGACAGUGUAAUCUCAAUUAAAAAAUGAGUGAAACUCUUCAACUUAAAGGUACCCUCCGUGGUCACAAUGGAUGGGUUACCCAAAUUGCAACAAAUCCAAAAUAUCCUGAUAUGAUUUUGUCAUCAUCACGAGACAAGACAUUGAUUGUAUGGAAAUUGACACGUGACGAGAACAAUUAUGGUGUUCCACAAAAGCGUCUUUAUGGACACUCUCACUUUAUCAGUGAUGUUGUACUUUCAUCAGAUGGUAAUUAUGCUCUUUCUGGUUCCUGGGACAAAACUCUUCGUCUUUGGGAUUUGGCUGCUGGAAAAACUACACGUCGUUUUGAAGACCAUACCAAGGAUGUCUUGAGUGUUGCAUUCUCAGUUGACAAUCGUCAAAUUGUAUCUGGAUCACGAGACAAGACCAUCAAAUUGUGGAAUACUCUUGCUGAAUGCAAGUACACAAUUCAAGAUGAAGGACAUAGUGACUGGGUCAGUUGUGUUAGAUUCUCACCAAAUCACUCAAAUCCAAUUAUUGUUUCUGCUAGUUGGGACAAAGUUGUCAAGGUAUGGAAUUUGACUAACUGCAGAUUGAAGAUCAAUCACAAUGGACACAGUGGAUACCUCAACACUGUCACCGUCUCUCCAGAUGGUUCACUCUGUGCUUCAGGUGGCAAGGAUUGCAAAGCUAUGCUCUGGGAUUUAAAUGAUGGAAAACAUUUACACACACUUGACCACAAUGACAUCAUCACUGCUCUCUGCUUCAGUCCAAAUCGUUAUUGGCUUUGUGCUGCAUUUGGACCAUACAUCAAGAUUUGGGAUCUUGAAAGCAAAGAAAUGGUUGAAGAACUUAAACCAGAUGUUCUUGCACCAGGUAGUGCUAAACUUGAACCACCACAGUGUCUUUCACUUGCUUGGUCAACCGAUGGACAAACCCUCUUUGCUGGUUACUCAGACAAUACAAUUCGUGUAUGGCAAGUCUCUGUAUCAAGCCGUUAAUAAAUUUUUGUAAUUAAAUAAUAACGGAGGAGUAAAAAAAAAAUUUUAUCUUAAAAAAACAAAA